ACUUAGAUGUUUCAGACAAUGCGUACAUGCAUGGGCCGCACAAAGGAGUCAUACAAAAAGUCGUGAAGCCCAGAAACAACGAAAAUCAAAAGGACCUCGUGCUAACGGGCAUGGUCAGCCCGUCCGACGUCUUUUGCUCAGUUCCCGGUCGCCUGUCGCUGCUAAGCUCGACGUCCAAGUACAAGGUGACAGUCGGGGAGGUUCAGCGACGAUUGUCACCUCCAGAAUGUCUCAAUGCGUCGCUCCUCGGUGGCGUGCUUAGAAGGUGAGGCGGUGCACAUGGCCAGAGACUUCGGGUACGUCUGCGAGACGGAGUUCCCAUCGCGCCAGGCCGCCGAGUAUCUGAAUAGGCAAAACACUGACCCCGCUGACGUCAUGACGCGCAAAAAUAUGCUAUUGGCCGCAAAGCAAGUAACCAAAGAGUUCCAGGAUUUGCUCAAUCAGGACAGAUCUCCGCUCGGCAAUAGCCGGCCGCAGCCGAUACUCGAGCCGAACAUCCAGCGCAAUCUGACGCACUUCAGUCUGCUCACACACGGCUUCGGUUCUCCGGGCAUCGUCGCCGCACUCACGGCCGUGCUCAACUAUCUGAACGAAUCGAUCAAGUACAUCGACAAGACAUACCCGUCCGUCGGCAACGCGAUGGCGCCCAACGGACAGGCGCUCGACGGCGGCGGAAAGGUGAAGGUCGACCACAAGGACGACAGGAAGUAGACGCGGAAGUCGUCGUUGUCGUCGUCGUCGUCGUCGUCUUCGUCGUCGUCGUCGUCGUUGUCGUCGUCGUCGUC